AUGGGGAACAACCCUUCCACUCAGGAUCCAUCGCAUUCGGCCAAGAAGGACCAUGGUUACCAUCUGCAUGAAGCCUUCAAUAAAGAUCGCCAAGGUAGCAUAACUUCUCAGCUGUUUAAUAAUAGAAAAAGUAUUCAUAAGAGGCAUGCCAGUCAUGCUAACAACGAUAAUGCCGCUAUCCCUCCUAGAAUGCAAUUACUUGCGUCUCAUCCCUCAACAUCAGAUUGUGAUGAUAGUACCGAUAAGGCUGUUUGUGUCGCUAGUGAGCCUUCCCUUUUAUUCAAAAAGGAUUACUCAGUGACCAAUGCAGCAGAUGAUAACGAGACUACGUUAGCCAAUUUGUCUUUAAAUGAUCGUCAUGACGUAAAUGCUCCGGAAGAACAAGUUAAAUCACCAUCCUUUUUAAGUCCUGGUCCAUCAAUGGCCACUGUAAAGCAAACUAAGAACUAUCCGGACGAUUUGUCGACCGUGAACAAUACCAUAGUUGAUGAAACAAUGGGGGACGGGCGAAAAGGCCAUCCUCAUCAUGAGAGGCAUCGCUCGAGUAUCAUUGCAUUGAAGAAAACUCUUUUGGAAAAUUCGGCUACUGAUUCCCCCUCUCCAACAAGAUCAUCAUCCGUACACUCUACAUCGCUACCACCUCUAAGCAAAGCCGGUUCUAUCGAUAUUCCUAUUAAGCAAACGUAUUCAAAAAAACCGUCUGUCCAUGCAUACCAGUAUCAGUACCUUGAUCCUGACCCGAUAUUGUCUGACGACUCACAACUUGACAAAGAAUCAAAAAGUGAUAACAUAGAUGCUGAGGCGGGUGUACUGCAAAGUGAGGAUAUGGUCUUAAAUCAAUCUCUAUUACAAAACGCUCUGAAAAAAGACAUGCAACGCCUCUCGAGAGUAAACUCCUCUAACUCAACGUAUACUAUCGACAGUACGACCCAAAAUAAUAAUAAAAAUAGCAACAAUAGUAGUAAUAGUGAGAAUAAUAUUGGUAACAAGGAAAAUUCAAGCGAUUCUAAUGAUGAAUCUGCUGCGCCCAUAUCUGCCACCGCAAAAAUGAUGAUGAAAUUGUAUGGUGACAAAACUUUGAUGGAAAGAGAUUUGAAUAAACAUCAAAACAAGUCAUUGAAAAAAUUGCAGAAUAAAAAAUUAAGAUCUGCUUCAAAUUCAAGAAGAUCAUCGUUUGCUUCUUUGCAUUCUUUACAACCAAGAAAAAGUGUCCUAACGAAUAGCUUGAAUCUGCAACCUUUGCAUCCACUUCAUCCAAUUAUUAACGACGAUGACAGCCAAUAUUCCGUACCACAGCAUAGGGAAAUUCCUCAUAAUUUUAAUUCAAUGUCAAGCAUGUCUUCAAUAUCAUCAACAAAUUCCUCUGAAAGCACCUUGGUGAUUUUAAAAUGGAAAAAUGAUAGUAACAUGCCUGCAACAACAGAAGUCUCUAUAAUAAGUCACGAUAUUGCAUCUGCUCUUAAGGAACAGCGUGAGGUCAAUUUGGAUGAGGAUGCAAGUUUAGACUCGGAAAAGCAAUUAAAUCCAAGGAUCCGCAUGAUUUAUGAUGUUGUGCGUAAAGAAUGGUUUAUUCCAGAGCUUUUUUUACCUCCCGGCAUUUAUAGACUACAAUUUUCCAUUAAUGGCAUAUUGACUCAUUCGAACUUUCUACCUACAGCUACAAAUUCAGAAGGUAAAUUUGUCAACUGGUUUGAGGUUUUGCCUGGUUACCACACAAUCGAACCAUUUAGAGAUGAAGCAGACACGGAAUCUCAGGCGAGUUCGACAAUAGAUGUUGAAGCUCCCAUAAGGCCGGAGCCUAAGCGAUUAUCAUCUUCUUCUCGUAAAUCUUCAUAUUAUUCGGCAAAGGGUGUUGAAAGGCCAAGCACGCCGUUCUCAGAUUACAGAGGUCUAAGUAGGUCGAACUCGGCAAAUCUGCGGGAUUCGUUUGUUCGUUUGAAGGCAAGCAGUUUGGAUUUGAUGGCGCAGAUAAAGCCUGAAAUUUUGGAAUAUUCAAAUGAAAUACCAAGUUUAUUUACUAUAGGUAAUGGUUCCGCAAAGCCUCUACAAGAAGGUAAGCCAUCUGAGGACCUUCCAAGUUUUACGCAUAAGGUUAUUGACUGCAAUCAAGAUGAUUUGUUUGCCACUUUACAACAAGGCGGUAAUAUUGACGCAGAAACAGCAGAAACUGUAUUUUUAAGUCGAUACCCCAUCCCUGACUUGCCAAUAUACUUAAACUCAUCAUAUUUAAACAAAAUUUUAAAUCAGGGCAAUCCAAAUUCAGAGUCAGGUGAUAAGGAUGAAGGCGCGAUAAACCAUAUUAUCCCUCACGUGAAUUUAAACCAUUUAUUGACAAGCAGCAUUAGGGAUGAAAUCAUCAGUGUGGCUUGUACCACAAGAUAUGAGGGAAAGUUUAUUACCCAAGUAAUUUACGCCCCUUGUUAUUAUAAAACACCGAAAGCUCAUGGCAACAAGUAA